GACAGUAACACUAACAAAUCGACUAUAUCUAAAUGCAGUAGUGAAAAUUAGUGAUUAUGAUAUGUUAAGAAAAUUAACCUCAGAAUUAAUGAGAGUUUAUUGAUCAAUCAGUUAAAUCAGGAGUCUAAUUUACAUGCUGGCAUAAGUUACAAAAUAAAAAUCUCCCAACGUAGGCCUAAUUGUUUGGUAGCCUACCUAAGAAAAGAAAACCCCAUCAUCAUGUUCAUUUACCUCAGCAAAAAGAUUGCUAUUCCAAACAACACAAAAAUUAACUGUUUGGCCUGGAGUAGCGAGCAAGGAUGGAUUGGGGUUGGUGGUGAUGAUGGUUUACUCAAAGUCCUCAAACUAGAUCCAGGCAAAGAUGGGAAAGUAAAGGGUUUGGCAGCACCAGCUAACCUCUCUAUGAAUCAGACUCUGGAGGGACACUCUGGAAAGGUUCAAGUGAUAACAUGGAAUGAGAAUCAUCAGAAGUUGACAACAAGUGAUCAGAGUGGGCUCAUUAUUGUUUGGAUGUUGUAUAAGGGUUCAUGGUAUGAAGAAAUGAUCAACAAUCGUAACAAGUCUGUUGUCAAAGGGAUGGCUUGGAAUUCUGAUGGUCAGAAAAUCUGCAUUGUAUAUGAAGAUGGUGCUGUGAUUGUCGGUUCUGUGGAUGGAAACCGUAUCUGGGGCAAGGAGCUGAAAGGUACAGCAUUGACAGGUGUUCAGUGGUCGCCGGACGGAAAACUACUGCUUUUCAGUUUACGGGAUGGGGAGGUCCAUGCUUACGACAAUCAGGGAAACUUUGGUAUGAAAGUGAACAUCCAAUGCCUGGGCAACACAGGGACAGGUCAAGUGUGGGUGAAGUCAGCUACAGUGGUGGGGAUGGCCUGGUACGACGGACACAACGGAUAUGUGGACGAGGACUGUCCCUGUCUGGUCAUCUGUUACCACUCAGGUCACCUUCAGAUCAUGAGAUCUGAGAAUGACGACAGUCCUGUGAUUCUUGACACUGGUAUCUCUGCUGUUGGGUGCUCGUGGAACCACAACGGUAGUGCUCUGGCAGUUACUGGAUCAAUGGUCCUUACUGGGGAAACCAAAUCUUGCAAUGUCGUACAAUUUUUCACACCAUUUGGUGAGCACCUCCGCACCUUGAAGAUCCCCGGACGGGAAGUGACAUGCUGUGUGUGGGAGGGUUCAUCAUUGCGUGUUGCACUCGCUGUAGACUCAUUCAUCUACUUCGCCAACAUCCGGCCGAGCUACAAGUGGUGCUACUUCUCUAACACUGUGGUCUACUCAUACAACCGCCACGACCGGCCCGGCGUUCACCUUACAUUCUGGAACACUAACAAUGCUGAGUGCUAUAGUAAAGCUGUGAAGUCACUGUUAGGAGUGGCUGCAUGUAAGGAUCAUUGUGUUUUGGCCAUCAAAGCUGAGGAUGCUAGCGCUCAAUAUGGCCUCAUACUGUGCAACGCCAUAGCUACGCCGGUAGACUCUAAGUAUAUGGAGUUGGAACCCCUUUUUGUAGCCAUUAACUCCAGUCAUGUGUUUGCUGCUUCAAGAGACAACUUCCUACUGUGGCACUACAUCACACCCAAGAGUCAUUCUACCCUAGGCAAUGCAGGAACUCGUCAUCGCAAAGAGCGGUUGUACCACAUUGACGACACGCCGUCCGGAGUGGCGGAAGUUAUACAAGAUCUGGAUCACACAUUCCAACCUACAAUCAGUACUCAGGCAACAGCUGAUCCUAUCUGCUGUCUGGCUGUCAGUGAGAAGGUGCUACUGAUAGGUAGAGAGUCUGGCACCAUACAACGCUACAGUCUACCCCAGGUGGCUCUGGUACAGAGAUACAACCAGCCCUGCAGACCUCACACUGUCUCUAUCAACUGUGACUCCUCGAUGGCGUCAGUGAUAGAUGCCACUGGGGUGUUGACUCUGCUAGAGCUGGAGCCUGGGUCUGCUCCUCCAGGUACGCUGGAGAGGAAGGACGUGUGGGCCAUGGUCUGGGCCUCUGAUAACCCUCAGUUGCUGGCUAUCAUGGAGAAGACCAGGAUGUAUGUACUGAGGGGUGUUGACCCCGAGGAGCCUAUACCUAGUGUCGGCUACAUCUGCUCCUUCCAGGACUUGGAGAUCCGAGCCGUGUUGUUAGACGAGGUGAUACAAUGCAAGGGUCAGCCUACCAGGGAGCAGCACCUGCUGGACUUGGAGGUGAAAAGUCUACGAGACACUCGUCAGCUGCUGGACAAGGUCGGCAUCCCAGAGACAAUAUCUUUCAUUGAGGAAAACCCUCAUCCUCGCCUGUGGAGACUUCUAGCAGAGGCAGCUGUUAGAAAGUUAGACCUCACUACGGCUGAGGCGGCUUUUGUGCGGUGUAGCGACUAUGCUGGCAUACAACUGGUUAAACGUAUUGCUAAUGUCACGAGCGAUCAUCUAAAGCGAGCCCAGGUUGCCGCUUACUUCUCGGAGUUUGACGAGGCGGAGAGACUCUAUCUAGAGGCAGACCGCAGAGAUCUGGCGGUGGCGUUGCGGGAACGUCUCGGAGACUGGUUCCAGAUGAUGCAACUCGUCAACACAUCACUGCCUGGGACCUCGGUGCAUACAACGGCCCAGGUGCAGUCUGCGUGGAACAACAUCGGUGACUACUUUGCUGACCGUAGCCAAUGGGAAAAUGCCCGAGAGUAUUAUCAAAAAGCUGCUAACACUGAAAAGUUGAUUCAGUGCUAUCAACAGCUCGAAGAUUUUCAUGCUCUUGAGAAAACAGUGGCAGACCUGCCUGAAAAACACCCAUUGUUGCCUCGCAUUGCUGAGAUAUUUGUCACCAUGGGCAUGUGUCAGGAGGCUGUCUCCACAUAUGUUAAGAGUGGGUCUAUACAGCAGGCGGUGGAGGCUAGUGUGACAUUGAAUCAGUGGGACCAGGCAGUGGCACUGGCAGAGAAGCACAACAUGUUGGCAGACAUCGGGCGACUGCUGGACAAGUACGCCAGCUCACUCAUGGACCACGGCACCUCACUGGAGGUGGUACAACUGUACAGGAAGGCCGGCCGAUACCUGGACGCUGCUAAACUUAUGUAUCAGGUUGCUGAAGAAGAAGGACAGAAACGAGCCAAGCCAUUGAAGAUGAAGAAACUCUAUGUUCUGGCAGCACUGCUUGUGGAGGAGUUUAACUCUCAACGACAGAAUGUUUUGGGAUCUGUCGGUGGCAAGAGCUCAGCAUUGUUUGGUGACACAGAUGCUAGUGCUGAUAUGAGGAUCUUGGAUUCAGCAUGGAGAGGGGCUGAAGCCUAUCACUUCUUGAUGCUGGCUCACCGUCAACUGUACACAGGAAAUGCGGAUGCAGCAAUGUUAACAGCUUUAAAUCUGAAGAACUACGAAGACAUUUUGAACACAGAAGAUAUCUUCUGCCUGUUGGCUUGUGCUAGUGCUGCAUGUAAAGCAUUUGGAACUUGCUCCCGGGCCUUCAUGAAACUAGAGAGCUUAGAGUCUGUGUCGGAGAGUAAACGUGAGGAGUAUGCAGACUUGGCUCUAGAGAUCUUCACCAAGUAUGUGACCGAGGAUUCACACACUAGCAACAACAUGUGUGCGUCAUGUAACACCACAGUGCCUCUAUGGUCGGGGCUGUGUCCCAGCUGUGGUGUGAGGUACCCAGCGUGUGUUGCGUCUGGUCGCCCAAUCAGCAGCCUGGGUGAGGCGUGGUCCUGUCCCAGCUGUCAUCACAGCGCACUCUACCACGAGAUGGACCAACGCGACGUCUGCCCUCUCUGUCACUCCUGCAGCUCUACACACCUCUAGAACAACCACUUAGCCUAGCCAUUCCUCCUUAAAAUGAGGGCAGAAAAUGAUGAUAAGAAUCAUCAUGACCGAUCAUCAUAAUAAAAUGAUGACAGCAAUCACCA